GUGCCAGACAUUGAUAUAUUUUGGCGCUUUAGGUACGGUCACACCGCUAGCAUUUCACCUGAGUUUGACAUUUAAUUUCGCUUCGGAUUUAAUUAAACUUAACAAAGUUGGUUUUGCACAAAAUUUAAGGCUUUUUAGUCUACCCUUGGACAAAGCGACAAUUCUGCUCCCCACAAGCAAUUCUUUCCGCCCGAGUGCACUGUUAGAAAAACCGGUUGUUGACCUUCGGUAGCAUGGAGCGUCGUCGCUUUAACUUGAGCAGCAUGUCGCCCAUGGCGGAUUCCACGCGGAUCGACGCGUCGCUGAUAGGCAAUCGCCAUUCGCCCGCCAGUUUUUUGAGGGGACUGAGUCCCAAGGGGGCAAGCAACAACACACUCAAUGGCUCACGGACCCCGGAAAGGUCCUCGAUGAACCACACGGCCACAUCGCCAAGCAGCAUAUCGCGACAAAAACUGAACCUCAGUCAGUUGGAUCCCAGAACGUUUGCCGAUGUGCACAGCAGUGGAUUGGCCUCCCGGAUAGUGGGCUACCAUGAGAGCAGCCUGGGAGGACGCAGUAGUCUGCAGCGCAGCAUGUCCGCCAGCAAUCUGUACAAUCCUCUGAUGCAGCCGCGCAGGGCUCCCGCCUCCCCGCUGCCCUACAAAUCGAAGGUGCCGGCGCUUUCCAUGACCCAGAUUGCACCACCGGAGCGGAGUUUCUAUUCCGGCAACACACUGCCCAGCCUACUGCGUUCCAACUCUCUGGCAGGAGUGGUGCACAAGGCCAGUGAGCAGGAGCAGCUGUCGCGAGAGAAUCGACCCAUCCUGCACCCUCCGCAUCCGCAGCACGAGAGCGAACCAACCAGGAGCGUGCUGGAGGAGCUUAAGGAGAUUUCGCGAAAGCGAAUCAACAGUGGUGAUGCGCCGUCGCCUCACGACUUUACCAAAAGGAGUUGUCAGCGGGGUGUGGACUUUGUCGAUCAUCAGCGCCACCAACAGCAGCUACACCAGCUGCAGCAACAGCAAAACCAGUCCUUUAAGAGACAACGCGAGCUCACCGUAUCGGUUCCUCUCAGGCAUCAUUCGACUUCACUGGGGCCUGCUCCACCUACAAUGCAACAUAUGCACUCAAAUGGCAGCAUCUCGCCCACUCAGUCGCCGGAGCAGCUGGCCAAGCGGCCCAACUGCAGCUAUAACAACGACAUUGCCUCCUCGCUGAGCUCCAGUCGGCGGCACAACAACAAGCGAAAGUUGUUCGACAUGCGGGAGAGCUUCCAGCGCAGCCAAAGUGAGUCCAUGGCUAGUGGGAGCUCGCCGGAUAACUCACCCGGCGAAAAUGUGGCCAAAAUUCAGCGUAAGGUGAAUGCAGAAUCGAUCAGCAAAACAUUGAGCAUGCCCGUUCCGGCUGUGUCGGCAGUUCCUCCAACGCGGACAAUUUCAGCACCACCCGCGCAACGUACAGAUCAGAGAUCUGCAGAAGUUUCCCCUGCUUCGGAGAAACCCAAGCUUACCCUAUUCAAUGCGCGACAGUCUCGAACGAAAAUGGAACAGCCGCGACAGGAUCUGAACAGCCCGGAGGUGGAUGCCGGGGAAUAUGCCGGCAUUCAGUUUGUGAAGCCUAAGCAGCAGAACUCAAUGCUGGGCGUUAAAAACCCCAGUGUGGAGCGCACGCACAAGACCAAACUCGCCAUUAUGCUUAGUGGUUUGAAGGGCGAGCUGUACCAGGGUGAGCCGGACGAACUAGACGCCCCAGCGCCAGCUCCUGCGGCUUUACCAACACCAAUUAAACCCACUAUUGUGCCGCCUGUAACUACAACAACAACGUCAGCUACCUCCACCGCGACAACUACAACUUCAGCGCCCAGCAAGCCGGUAAUACUAGGUAACCAGGUGAUAAAGCCAGCGGAAACGUCAACCACGAGUAUUACCAGCCCUCUGCCAAAACUUAUGUUUGGUCAAGCUGCGACCCCCGCUUCCACUGAAGCAGUUGCCCCAAAAACCACCGACAAAGACCCGGCAGCACCAGCAGCGAUCCCGGCCAAGACCGAUUUACCAGCCAAUCCUGUAACACCUGCAACCUCUUCUCAAUUAUUGAUUAAUUUUGGCACACCAAAAUCCUCAACUGCACCACCACUUUCAUUUGGAAAUGCCAACGCUACUGUAACAACUACUAUUAGCACUAGUGCCACCGAGACAAAGCCAAUGUUCUCGUUUGGAAAAACGUCUGGAAAUCAACCAUUAGUAGGCGUUUCACCUAGACUCAAAACGGGCAGUCCAGAAGCGACAGAAUCCACUACAACUAACUCAGGAAUGCCGGUCACAACUACAACUACUUUUGGAACGGCCGCACCAACGCCGACAGCAACUGCAGCGUCUACGACAUCGACAAGCUCACCGAUCAGCUUUGGAAAGCCGAUUUCAGCAGGAUCAACAGGAUCGACCACGACCAAAAACCCAACUACAGCAACAAUAUCGCCAUUUGGAGCAGGAUCGUCGGCAACAAGUAGUGCAAUGAACUCGUUGGUAAACAAACCAAUAUUUACCUUUGGACAAUCGGGCGAUACAAGCUCACAGACUUCGAUUAGUAGUGAAAAUGGAGCAGCUUCUACCAAAACGGCGGUAUUUAGUUUUGGCGGCAGCACCACUCAACCAACUGGAGCAGCAUUAACACAUCCGUUUGCUAGUCAAUCGCAAACUGGCGGAAACUCUUUUGGUGGCAUUUUUAGUCAACCAGCGGCAACCAAACCCGAGCCAUCUAAGCCGGGUAUCUUUGGAAAUCAGGAUAACAGCCUUGGGAGCGCUUUUAGGCCACCAGGAGAUGCCCCAACAACUACAGCCGCCGAACCCUCCAAACCAUUCGGUUUUGGAGCUAGUACAACUGUGGCAAGUGGAGCCCCAGCGGCCACGAAUCUUUUUGCCUUUGGAGGAGCACCCACCUUAAAGACAACGGAACCAACUACUACAAGCACCGCAAAUAAUCUCUUUGGUCAGAAUGCAGCUACAACCACGCCCUUUGCCUUUGGAGGAGGAGCAGCAGCCGAAGGAAACAGUAAAAGUAAGGAUAACAAAUCAAUAUUUGCAUUUGGAGGAGGAGGAGACAAUAACUCGGCAACCAAGCCCAGUUCGAUGUUUAACUUUGGUGGCGCAGACAAGGGUGCUCCACCUGCCUUUGGCAGCGUAGCAACAUCAGUGUCAUCUGCAGCACCUACACCAACAAGCAACGCCUUUGGAUUUAACACAGCACAGAAGCCUGCAACACCCAUGUUUGGCAGUGGAUCAGCCCAACAGGCCCCGGCCCCUGCAGUGGCGGCCACCAAACCAUUUACAUUUGGAGGAGCCCAACAGGCGCCUGGUCCAUCGGCUUCGCCAGCUUCGGGAGGAUUCUCGUUUGCCGCGGUGGCGUCGAAGAAUACCGCAGAACAGAGUGGAACAAACAUGUUUGGCAGCCCCGUCAGCACCACCAAGCCGAGCUUUAACUUUGGCGGUAACACCGGCAACCAGGCGGGAUCAGCAUCGCCUGGUGGAUUCUCUUUUGGCACGCCCAGGAAGAAGGAAGAGCCUGCGGCCACUAAUAUGUUCGGAAACCCCAACACCGGAGUAGUUAAACCAACUUUCAGUUUUUCAAACAACAAUUCAAGCACUCAGUCAGCAGCUCCUGCUCCGGCGCCCAGCUUUGGAGGAUUUGGAUCACCGGCAGCACCACCUGCUAAUGGACCCAAUCAGAACAAACCCUUUGCGUUUGGAGGAAGCACAGCAGCUCCUGCACCCAGCCCAGCACCUAUGGGCGGUAACUUGUUCGCCAAUGCGGUGGCUGCUACCCAAAACCAAUCGAAGCCAGGAGUCUUUCCGUUCGGCGGGGCUAAGAGCACCGCCAGCGCCACAGCCGGAAACGCUCCCUUCUCAUUUAGCGGAGCAGCUGCAGGCGGAAUCGCUUCGCCGCCCAGCAACCAUGGCAUGAAUACAGCAAAGCCGUUCAGUUUUGGUGGCGCUGGCGGUAAUCCUGCGCCCAAUGUCUUCGCAAGCCAAGCCCCAGCGCCGGCAGCUAGCAAUCCGGCAGGAGCUUUUAGUUUCGGCGGCGGCAGUCCGGCCCAACAGGCGAAUGCAGGAAACGUGUUCGCCCCACCGCCCAGCACUCCGGAGAGUCGACCCAUCCGCAAAGCCACCCGACGGCUCCAGAAAUAAGUCCGCGUCUCAAAUGUGUAGAUCAAUAUUGUUUUCCUAGUUAAAUUAUUGUUUUUACCGGACAGUGGAAUAAUGUAACUGGCAAUCCACAUUGUAAUAUAUAAAUCUAUAGACUCUGCAUCUUUCUGUAAAAUGUAAUUAACAGACAUUUGAUUGGAUUCUCUCUAAAGCUUGUAUAAGUAGAAAAGUAUCCUUUAAUAAUAUUUUAAGAAAUUUAAAAAACGAAAUAUAUGUUUUUGAAACCAAUAUAAAACCAGCUACAAAUAAACAUUGAAGUAUGAACUCUGAAGUGUUCAAAUUAAA